AUGCGUCUCGCAGACUACGUGGAUCUCUUGUUAGUGUUUACACCACUCGUCCUAACGAUCUGCGAUACAACCUCGGCCAUUGCGGAUACAGAGCAGACGAGCUUUGCCAAGGAUGCGUCGAUCAACGCAGUACCUUUAUCCCCAGCCGGCCACCAUGAUAGUUCCAUAGCCAUUGACACGGAUAGGUUUCUACGAAGCGAUUCUACCACUGCUGAAGCGCACAAGACCUCGGCCACUGACGAAGAGAGGGGGAUAAUACCCGCGAGCGUGCGGAUAGCGAUCAAAAGACUGGUGACAAAAGAUGACACGAUCUAUACGCACGGAAGAGGUAAAGGACGCGAGAAGGAAUGGUGGGCCACAUUACUGAAAUAUCACCGAAAAUCGAAGGCCAAACACGACAACUACAUCCGACCUCUGUACUGGGCAAUCCGUUUCACGGUCUGGAUUGCGAAUAAGCGAACUCCAGCGAUGAUGUACAACAAGCUCAACGUUAUCUCGUCAACAGGCAUUGGCGAUAGGAACUAUCGCAUCUACAUCAACUACUUGCGGUUUUAUGAGUACUUUAAGGGCCCGACGUACAGCCCCCUUUUCGUGCAUGGACCCAAGUUCAACACUAAAAAAACAAGGAAUUAA